AUGAACGGCAUGAAUGGGAUCAACGGCCAUGCGGCUACUCCUCCCCUCUGGAGCGAAGCUAAGAAUGCUGACGGACGGAUUUAUUACUACAACACUGUCACGAAAGCUACGCAAUGGACCAAGCCGGAAGAGUUGAUGACUCCAGCAGAGAGGGCAAUUUCUGCGCAGCCUUGGAAAGAAUAUACUGCGGAGGGGGGAAGAAAGUACUGGUAUAAUACAGAGACGAAGCAGAGCUCUUGGGAGAUGCCAGAGGUUUACAAAGAAGCGCUUUCCAAGGAGAAAGCUACUGUAGCACCAGUCGCACCGGCACCUACCUUCGUUGCUGGUGGUGGCUUCUCCGCACCCCAGUUUGAUGCGCCCCGAGACCGAGAACCCCUGGGAGAAGCUCGACAAAUUGCAUAUGGUAAUGAUGCUAACGGAAGUCGGACUCAAGUUUUUAUCCCAUCGAAUACCGACCCUGAAUAUAAUACGUUCGAAGAUGCCGAAGCUGCAUUCCUCAAGCUAUUGCACCGCAACAAUGUCAAUCCUGACUGGACCUGGGAACAGACGAUGCGCUCCAUUAUCAAAGAUCCGCAAUACCGAGCGUUGAAAGAUCCAAAGGACAGGAAAGCAGCAUUCGAGAAGUAUGCUGUUGAGGUACGGCUUCAGGAAAAAGACCGCGCAAAGGAGAGGCUUGAGAAGCUCCGUAAAGAUUUUGCUACCAUGCUGAGAAGUCACCCAGAGAUCAAACACUAUACCCGUUGGAAGACUGCGCGACCCAUUAUUGAAGGGGAGACCAUAUUCAGAUCCUCGAAAGAUGACGACGAACGGCGCCAAUUGUUCGAAGACUAUAUCAUCGAGUUAAAGAAAGCUCAUCUCGAACAAGAGACCGUCACUCGGAAAGCAGCCAUGGAUGAUCUAGUGGAUAUAUUGAAGAGUAUUGAAUUGGACCCGUACACCAGAUGGUCAGAAGCACAAGGUACUAUUCAAUCUAAUCACCGAUUCCAGGGUGAUGCGAAAUUCCAAUCCCUCAGCAAGUCGGACAUAUUGACCGCUUUCGAGAACCAUAUCAAAAAUCUAGAAAAGACGUUCAACGAUGUUCGCCAGCAGGAAAAGAACCAGAAGUCCAGGCGCGAGCGUCAAAAUCGCGACAGGUUUCUGAACUUAUUGCGAGAGCUAAAGGGGGCCAAGAAGAUCAGAGCAGGGACAAAGUGGAGCCAAAUUCAUCCCCUGAUCGUGGAUGACGAAAGAUACCAAGGAAUGCUCGGUCAGUCUGGUUCUACACCUCUUGAUCUGUUUUGGGACAUGGUGGAGGAAGACGAGCGCGUUCUACGCAGUAGGCGUAAUGAUGUUUUGGAUGUUCUUGAUGAUAAGCGAUUUGAGGUUCAGCAGAAUACUACGUUUGAGGAGUUCCUUGCCAUGACGCAGAAUGACCGACGAACUGCUGACAUUGACCGAGAUGAUUUGUUACUAAUUUUUGAACGAGCGCGUGAGAAAGUCUCUCGUCGUAGUGAAGAUGAUAAACAUCAAGCUGAGCGUCAACAGCGCCGAGCUGUUGAUGCUCUUCGAUCGCUCAUCAAGCAUCUUGAACCUCCUGUUCGCAUCGAUGACACGUUUGAGAGGGUUCGGCCGCACAUUGAGAGAUCUGAGGAGUAUCUUGCCGUCACUUCUGAUGAACUCCGGCGCUCUGCCUUCGACAAAGUCAUCAAACGCUUGAGGGAGAAGGAAGAAGAUGUGGAAAAAGACCGUCUCAAGCGUCGAGACAGAGCCUCAGUCGACCGGCCAACUCAUCGAGGUGAGAGAUCGCACCGUAGCGGACGUCAUGUUAGGACAAGUCGCAGUCCAGAACCAGAUGCCUACGAGGCAGAUAGACGACGAGCUAUUGCCGACCGAGAGAAGAAUUAUCGCAAAGGCGGCGCUGCUGAUACUCUCCUGUCGCCUCGUCAUAGAGGAGACCGGGAUCGCGAAAGAGAUCGUGAUCUCGACAAGCCUCAUCGAAGCCGUCGGGAUGACUCUAUGAGCCACUAUGAGCGUGAACGGAGAGACCGAGAGAGCGAAAGAGAGAAACUUUACCGUCGAAGAGCUGAUCCCAGAGGCAGCGUUGAUGAGUUGCCCUAUGGAGAUGAGAGACCGAGUGGAGGAAGUAGACGCCGUCGAGCGGACAGCCCUGUGGGUAGCGAAGGAAGUGCAAGGUUGGCAAAGAGAACAAGGAGAGAAUUAACACCACGUGAGCGAACCCCUCCUCCACGUGAACGGCGGCACAGGACUAGGACACCUCCUGCGGUUGUUGCUGCGCUCCCACCAAAGGAAGAGCCAGCCGUCCAUUCAGGAAGCGAAGAGGGCGAAAUUGAAGAAGAGUAG